AUGUCACGCGAAGGCACCCCCUCGUCGGAUACGCUCAUUGACAUUGACAACUUUGACGAAAAUGAAGUGACCGAUCUCGGAUUGAAAAACUUGCUCAAGCGAGAGAUCGAACUGCAACUCCUUAUUGACGCCUUGCAAACCGAGAUCUCACAAUUGGAAGAACGCAUCAAUGGCAAAGACCAAGGUGAUGAAGAAGAGGAACUCGACGACCAAGACCUUGAGGAAUACGAAGCUCCCGAGUGGUGUGUACCUAUCAAGGCCAAUGUCAUGAACUUUGAUUGGGAUUCACUUGCAGCCGAAGUCCAGUUCGAUGUCAUUGUUGCUGAUCCACCAUGGCAGCUUGCCACUCAUGCUCCUACUCGUGGUGUGGCUAUUGCAUAUCAACAACUCCCUGAUAUUUGUAUCGAAGAAAUCCCGAUUCCCAAGUUGCAAAAGAAUGGAUUCAUAUUUAUUUGGGUGAUCAACAACAAAUAUGCCAAGGCAUUUGAGCUCAUGGAACGUUGGGGCUAUACCUAUGUCGAUGAUAUCACUUGGGUCAAGCAAACUGUCAACCGGAGAAUGGCUAAAGGUCACGGCUAUUAUCUACAACAUGCAAAAGAAACUUGUCUUGUGGGCAAAAAGGGCGAGGAUCCACCCAACUGCCGACAUUCUGUUGGAUCUGAUGUUAUCUUUUCCGAACGACGAGGACAAAGUCAAAAACCCGAAGAACUUUACGAGCUUAUUGAAGAGCUUGUACCGGAUGGCAAGUAUUUGGAGAUUUUUGGUCGCAAAAACAACUUGCGUGAUUACUGGGUGACCAUCGGCAACGAGCUAUAA